AUGACGAACCGCAGCAGCAAUCGCAUCAAGGUUGCCGUGCUCGGAGGCCCAAGAGCUGGAAAGUCGGCUGUGACAGUCCGGUACCUCACAAAGCGGUACAUCGGGGAGUACAGCUCGAGUAAAGAUAUGCUGUAUCGGCACAACGUUACCUUCGACAACGUGGCAACAGAUGUCGAGAUCCUCGACUCCUCGUGUUGCAUGGUCACGGGCUGCCUCUACGACCACAUCACGUGGGCGGACGCCUUCGUGCUCGUGUACGACAUAUGCGAGCGCGCCAGCUUCGAUCAGGCGCGCGCCCUUCUCGAGACCCUGGUGGCGCUUCGGGGGGCCCGCUCGGCGCCCAUGAUCCUGCUGGGCAACAAGCGCGACCUGGAGCACUGCCGACAGGUGGGCGUCGACGACGGCCACGAGGCAUCGCUGCACUUCCACUGCCAGUUCUACGAGGUCUCGGCCGCAGAAAACUACGUCGGGGUGUCCCUGGCCUUCCAGAGCCUCAUCCGUGAGACGAGGGCGCUGCAGGCGCUCAAGACGCUGCCGAUCCGGCGGAAGGCCGGCGCCGCCAUGACGGUUUCCAAGAUGAUCGGCAUGGUGUUCGGCAAGUCGCACAAGAGCAACAGGAACGGCAAGAAGAGGCCCUCGUUGUCCAUCUGA